AUGUCCACCUUUCCCUCGUCCCAGUCCCAACAACAACAACAGCAAAUGGGAACGCCUCAAAUGCAAACACACCAAACACCGGGGAUUGCGCACCUCCUCCCACAAAACGAUAUCAACGGCAAUGCGACUGUCCGAGACAAGAAGGCGCUGGAGCCUCUGUUUGGACCGAAUAUUGGGGCUGUGACGAGUGGGCCGGCUUGGACUGCUAGUCUGGAUAAGAAGGUGGUUACCGACGAGUUGACGCCUGAAGUGGUUACCAGCUGGGUCGAGAGGAGUAAAGAUCCUACACAACCAACAACGACAUUGCAAGCCCUCGUAAACUUGAAACGGCCCACAAUCCGACUCUCACCACUCUCACCCAUCGCCACGAACGCUGUUCCGUCCCCUGCGACGUCCGCACAACACCACUACCAGCAGCAUGCUUUAGAAUUCCAAUACGACGCCGACUGCCCGAAAGUAUCGAUCCACAUCCACGUCUACCUCCCCAAAACCCACCCCGAUGCACCACCAGGCGCCCCACCGCACCAUCCGUACGCCAAACUCUUGAUCUUCGAAAGCGUCUGUGAAGGAGGGUUCGGUCGACGGCUGAGAUUGGAAGACGGGGCUAUCUUCGAGCUAGGGAGGUUCGAGAAGGUGCCCAAGAUUACGACUGCGUCUGCUUCUGGCGAGGGGGAAGAGGGUAAUCCAGAGGAGAAAGACGGCGGUGCGGUGUCGAAGGAAGCUUCGGGCUCGUCAAGUAACUCCGAGACUGCGCAGGGUGUGCCUACCCUCACGCUCAACACCAACCUAGGCAACGACAACAACAAUGCUCCCAACAGACCCAUGAAACGCCUCACCCAGGCAUUUAAGUUUAGACGACACACCCAUAACCCGAAUCGAACUAUCGCAGGACCAGCCUUGGCAGUCGUGGAUGCACACGCCGAGGAAGCCCAGCAAAACGCCAAUGGCGCUCCCACCAACGCCAGCUCCACGGCGCCUAGUGGACAAGGCAAACCUGCAGAGGAAGACGGCGUGAAGAUUACGAUCAGGCUUGUAGCUCUCGAUGAGCAGGGAACCGAGUUGGCUGCGCCUAAUGAGCAGGUUACGUAUCUGCACGUUGUGCGUGUUGGGCCAAGGCCUACCAAGGAGAGGGCGCCUACCAGCCCUACUUCGCCAACUGCACAAUCGCCUACUGCGGAAGAGGGGGACAAGAAGGAGGCAGUCGAGGAGCAGGAGGAAGAGGAGGAAGAUACGAGACCUUGGGUUGUCAAGGUCGUUAAGCGCGAAGCAACGAUUGGCCCACAUACCUUCCACCUCCACGAAAUAUUCGGUCUAACCUCGUCAUCCUCUGACACCGACGUCCCCGCCGCCCAACAUUCCUCCCCAACCCACUCCUACCCGCCCGUCUACUCACACAACGACGACCCGCACCACGCAGACGACUCGAUGACAGCUGAAGAGUGCUUGUUAUGUUUGAGCUCGCCUAGGGAGGUGGUCUUACUCCCCUGUAGGCAUUUGGUGGCAUGUAAAGAGUGCGCGUUGAAUAUGGUUGAGUUUGGUGCUGGGGGUGUUAUUAGUAGCGGUGGUGGCGACGCUGCUAAUGCUACUACCGGUGGGACUGCGAAUCAAACUACUACGAAUGCGGGAGGAGGGAAUACGGGUGGAGGAUGGCUAGCGGAGGUUGCCGGUGCUGUGGGAGGGAGUGGGGGUGCAGCGGGGAAUGCUGAGAAUGGAGCGGCACCGCCGCCCCCGCCUGUUACGAACCCGAGGAGGAAGCGGAAGGCGAAGGGAUGGUUCUGUCCUGUUUGUAGACAACCAUAUACUUCAUUGUUGCGUCUCACGACUGCUCCUCCGCCGAUAUCCGCGUCGAAAGAGACUGUGCUGGCGGGUGACUUGCAAAGGAUGUCCCUAGGCGAUCCGAACGCCAACCCCGCUUCUCCCAACCUCGCCACCAAUGACAAUAACGCCAACAACACCAAUUCCGACUCUACGGGGAAUGCCAACGCGAGUGCGGAUAACUCGACCUCGGGAGGAGGGCUAUUGGGCAAUCUGACCUUGCCCAGGCCCGCGUUUUUGAGGAGUUUGACGGGUGGGAGUAGUGCGAAUGCUGGGGGUAAUGCUGGGGGAGGGAGGAUAACGAAUGAUGUGGAGAGUGUGGGUGGGCUGGCUAGUGGAAGGGUUGGUGCGUAG